GAGCCCAGAGCACUUGAGUUGAAAGGUGUCAAUUUCGUGCAUCUAUUCGAGAACUGUCAUCUCGUGUGGUUAGAUGUCAUUGAUUUCAAUCAAAAGCUGUACGAUACAGUAGCACCUGAUAAAUAAAAAAUCACUGAUUAAUAUGGAUAUCGAGACUGAAAAAGUUAUUGGUCUAGUAUUUCCCAAUGGACUACCAGAAUCAUGGAAAGACAAUCCAGACUUUUAUCAAUAUUUGUCAAAGCUAGGAGGGUUCGAUGUUGAACAAUUAAAUAAAGAACCAGAACAUUUAAAUGAUGAUAAAAAUUCUAUUCUACUACAAACUCAAGAACUAGCCUUCUCUAAUUAUAAAACAUUUAUUCAAACUGCUGAAAGCUCACGAGAAAUAUUCAAACAGUUUAACGAGACUGAAAGUCACUUGGACAACCUUAUUCACAAGUUACCAGAAUUUGCGAAUAGUUGUCAGUAUUUUUGUGAUGCCUCUAAAGACAUUAACACCCAUCGCAGACUCAAUGGUCUGACGCUAACUCGGAAUGCGGAACUUCUAGAGAUACUUGAAAUGCCACAGCUUAUGGAGUCAUGUUUGAGAAGUAAUCAGUACAAUGAAGCCUUAGAACUUUCUCAGUAUGCUAGGCAACUUGGUACAAAACAUGGCGAUAUUCCAAUAAUAGCUUCCAUAGUAGCAGAGGUAGAAAAUAGUUGGUCUGGCAUGGUGAAUCAAGUGGUUGGUUCGCUCCGAGGAGAUCUACCCCUGCCAAGGUGUCUGCAGCUUGUGGGAUUAUUGCGGUCAAUGGAUGCCUUCACAGAACCUGAACUAAGAGUAAAAUUCCUUCAAGCUAGAGAUAGUUGGCUUCAGGGUUUACUAAAUGCCAUUCCCAAAGACGAUCCUAAUCACCAUCUAACCAAGACCAUCGAGUUAUCAAGGAUACAUUUAUUUAAUAUAAUCACUCAGUAUCGAGCUAUAUUCAAUGAUGAAGAGCAUCUAACGUCAUCGCGACACGUCAUCAACGAGUCUGCAAUAUUCCAUCACUGGCUCGAGGAAAAGAUAUCUCAAUUUUUGUCAACACUUGAACAAGACUUACCUGGCGUGACUUCGAUAGAUUCUAUUCUUGGGCAAUGCACGUAUUUUGGAUUAUCAUUCAGCAGGGUGGGAGCAGAUUUCACAGCAAGAAUGUCCCACAUAUUUAUUUGUGCAAUCGGAGAUAAAAUUGAAACAAUCAUUCGUAGAACAACAAGAAAGUUUGAAAAAGAUAUGGAAACUUUCACAUUAAUAAAUAAAUUGCAGAGAACUGAAGUGAAAAGCGAAACAUCAGGACUAUCCGAAAAUCCUCCGGAGCAAUUGGUUGAAUUUUUUCCCUUAGCUGAAUAUUGCAAUGGAUUAUUAUCAGCGUUCAACGAACUAAGGCUUUGCGCUCCAGUUGCAUUAGCUGAUACUUGUACACAUCUUUUGCAAGAGUCUUUACAGAAUGUAGCAAAAGCCAUGCUCGUGUUCUACAAACAAGAGCAGCAGGCGUUUACACCUGCAGAACGAGAUAACAUGAUCACGUUUGCAGAGUCAUUCAGUGAGCAGUUAGUUCCUUACAUACAGUAUUGCAUACACGCAAUUUUUCUACCUAGUCAAGUUGCUUCUCACUUGGGAAUCACUCUAAAUCAACUCCAGAAAGAGAGUAUUACGUAUUUAAAUCGAAAAACUAUCACACAUCCACUUGCUCCAUUAUUAAUGGUGAGACUUGUUACUAAAGAUCCCGUUUUACGCCAAAUUAUGGAACCUGGAACCUUAUUAGAAUCAUCUCAAAAAGAGAAUAUAAUUGGCCAAGAGGUCAAUACUGAAAAGUCCGAAUUACAAGUAUCAAUAGGAGAUAACGGUGCAUCAUCUGGUAUUGGCGAUGUUAGCAUACCAAACAUGGAAGUAACAAACUUGAUAGAAGAUGCUGAUGCAGAGAUCAAAGAAUCGGUUCUUAGUGAUAACAGCCAGCUCAUGACUGAAAAUAUGACGAUUUAACGUGGAAUUUUCCUGUUCCUCCAUUGGGUUCUGUGAUGGAAUAACAUUAGAUGUAUAUAUAUAUGUAUACAAUAACAAUAGCACAUGAGAGGAAGUGAUCUUGUUUACGAGGCAAGAGAUGAGGCUCAGGCAGUUUGAAAUGGUUAUUAAAAGAUACGAGUAGUUAAUCUAAUUAUGUUGCAAGCUGGCAUUUUAUGCCUCAUUAAAAUUGAAAGUCAUCAGUAUCUAGAGGUAAAAAAUUGUAAAUACUUUCCUCAAUCCUGUCAGGUAAUUUUAUUUUAGUAGUCAUAAUUUGUAUAGAGGUAACUGGAUUUAAGUGGUAUGCAAUUGUUGCAUGGUAAUUAAGUGGCAACAACAUUUCUGGUCGUAUGGAGUUAUAAUUGUAGCUUUGAGCAUUGUACUGAGACGAAGAACAUCAGACACUACUUUCAAACUUAAUCAGAGAGGUUUGAUUAUAUUUUAUACAAAACAACUUUGGGUGGAAAUAAAUUUUUAAAACACAAA